AUGUCUGGGGGAGCAUUGAGGCUGAUCCCCUAUGGAGAGUCCCUGGAAGAACCCUCGCACCAUGAACUUCAGACCAAAGGUGCUCCUGGAGAAGGAACCUUGUUCUCUGGGGAUGCCGACAAAGCUGGGCCAGGCUGCAGGGAGGACCCUUUCCUCUGUGCUUCCUCCAAGAGAAACAUGACUUUUCUCCCUGAGGAUGAGGGCAUCCCAGUGGGCUUCACCGCGAUGGUAUACACACGACUGGAGCCCUGGCUGGCUGCAGAGCUUGUUCAUAGGACUCUGAUGCUACUUGGGGCCUUGUCUUUGAACCACUGGACUCGGUCAAGGGACCUGAGUGGAGACUUGCCCUCCCCAAGCCCCCAGUCCUUGGCCCACUUGGCAUGCCUGGAGGUGGCCUCCCUGAAUCCAGGUUCUUCUGGGAUUGUUCCUGGUGCUCUCAAAAGUGGGACAGGGUCAGCAUUUGGACCCCAAAGCUUCUUGGCUGAUGGCCCCCAAGACCUGAUUCUCAGCCAAAUUGUGGCCACAAAUGUGCCCCCUGAAGACCAGGACAGCUCUGGGGAUGACUCUGACAACUUCUCUGGCUCAGGCGCAGGUGCUUUGCGAGAUAUCACCUUAUCACAACAGACCCCCUCCACCUGGAAGGACAUGUGGCUCCUGACAGCCACACCCACAGCUCCAGAGCCCACUGGCCCAGAGGCCCCGGCCACCUCCACCUCCGUCCAGCUGGCAGGAGAGGGACAAGAGGAGGGAAAGCCUGUAGUCCUGUCAGAAACAGAACCUGACCUCACUGCCCGGGAGCAGGAGGCCACCCUCACACCCAGGGAGACCACACAGCUCCCAACCACCCAUCAGGCCUCAACAGCCAGAGCCACCACAGCCCAGGCGCCCGCCACCUCUCACCCCAACAAGGACAUGCAGCCUGGCCACCAUGAGACCUCAGCUCCCGCAGGGCCUGGUCAAGCUGACCCUCACACUCCCAGCGUGGAGGACAGGGGUCCUUCUGCCACCGAGAAGGCUGUUGAGGAUGGAACCUCCAAUCAGCUCCCAGCAGGAGAGGGCUCUGGAGAGCAGGACUUUACCUUUGAAAUUUCCGGGGAGAACACAGCUGUAGUGGCUGUGGAGUCUGACCACCGGAACCAGCCCCCCGUGGAUCAGGGGGCCUCACAGGGCCUCCUGGACAGGAAGGAGGUACUAGGAGGAGUCAUUGCUGGAGGCCUGGUGGGGCUCAUCUUUGCUGUGUGCCUGGUGGGUUUCAUGCUAUACCGCAUGAAGAAGAAGGACGAGGGCAGCUACUCCUUGGAAGAGCCAAAACAAGCCAAUGGUGGGGCCUACCAGAAACCCACCAAGCAAGAGGAGUUCUACGCCUGACGGGGGAGCCAUUCUCCCCUUCCCCCUGCCACUCACUAGGCCCCCACUUGCCUCUUCCGUGAAGAACUGCAGGCCCUGGCCUCCCCUGCUGCCUCCCCAGCACCUCGGCCCCUCCUGCCAUUCCUGCCCAUGGAGUCCUGGGUUGUGCUGGGGAGCUCCCCUCUGCUUCUCUGACUUCUGCCUGGAGACUUGGGACACAAAGGGUUUCUCUCAUGACCUUUCCACCACAGCCAGCACUUGGCAUCUCACCAUUCUGACUCGGUUUCUCCAGACUGGAGCAGCCCCUCCCAAGGCCCAGCUCUGGAGAGAAAAGGGACCCGACUGCCUUGGACCUGGAUGGCCCUCUGUGGCUGGAAGAUGCUGUGGGUGGGGCUUAGGGCUGACACAUCUAUAGCACUUACUCGUAGCACCAACCGUCUUGGGGGCGUUGGCCAUUGAGUGAUGGGGAGAGAAG